GCGGCCUGUUUGUAAACAUUCAAUUCUCUGUUCGAUUCGGUUUCCUUGGAUGAUUAUGUUAUACUUAUAAUUCUGAAGAUGUAGCUGAUGUCAUCAAGGUGAUAUAGUAGAGUAAGGUAACAACAAUGGGAGUGAAGGAUUUAUGGAGUCUUGUAUCCCCCACUGGAGAGGUUCUUCCCUUGACGGCACUUGAGGGGAAGGCAGUGGCAAUUGACCUGUCAUGUUGGGUCGUGGAUUGCCAGGCUUUGCACCUUGGUCAUGUGGCUCGUCCCCACCUCAGGAAUCUCUUCUUCCGUACAAUGGCACUGCUGAAUAAUGGAGUCCUGCCAGUAUUUGUACUUGAAGGAGACGCCCCAGUUAUGAAAUGGAAUACAAUCAACUCCAGAAACCAAAGAAACUUCCAUUCUUCGGCAAACCCUACGGGGAAGAACUUAUCUGUUAAAACAGGAAAACGAUCAAGAUUCAAAUCUGUUCUCAAAGAGUGCAGAGAACUCUUAGACAUGCUUGGGGUGCCGUGGGUGCAGGCAAGUGGGGAAGCCGAAGCCACUUGCGCAGCUUUGAACUAUCAUAAUAUGGUUGAAGGAGUUAUCUCUCAGGACAGUGAUGUCUUCCUUUAUGGAGGCCAGACGGUAUUUAGAAACUUUACAGCAAAUCAAAGUAAAGCGACAGUAGAAAAAUUUAGCAUGGACCUCUUAGAGCAGCACUUGAAGCUGACUCGUGGAGGACUCAUCUUGCUUGCUCUUCUGCUUGGCUGCGAUUACUUUCCGGCUGGCGUGCAAGGUGUGGGGAAGGACACGGCUGUUCGGCUCCUGAGAGUAUGGUACCAGAAGGGGGUGAAGGACCCAGUACGGAGAAUGCAGUCCUGGGCUGAAAGUUAUGGACAGUCUUCGCAGCACUCUAAUCUAAAUGCAAGAAAGUGGAAAAAUGGGAACGAUGACGAGUUAGAAGUCGGAGUGCGGGAUAGGAUGCUGGCAACGGACGGCUUCCCCUUCACUGACAUUGUCCAGGAAUUCCGACGCAGACUGGAUCCACCCUCGCUCAAGGUCAAAUGGGGUCGUCCUCGGUUCUCAGACCUCGUCAGAUGGUGCAUCAUCAAGCUAGAAUGGGAAGGGAAUUAUGCCGUUGAGAAGAUAUCGCCAGUUGUGACUCGAUGGAUGGUUACUUGCGGCUGGUAUGGGGGACGGAUCUCCUACCCAGACCUAGGCCUCAUGCAUUUUCCUGGCAACAUUAGAUUAACCAAGAACUGCAGCAUACAUCCAUACUUGUAUUCUCUAAUGACUGUAAUAUAUUGCUUGUGUUGCAUUCAUUUUAUUUUGAAUCAUAUUUUAUUCAGUAUUCAAUGCAAUAACUCACAGCCACUCGGCAUUGUGAAGCGGUGCGUCCGUCGAGGAGUGUCUGCUUGUCAAGUGAGAUGGAAAGUAUUGAGCCCAAACCUACCUGAGAAUUCUCCCGUUGAGCUCACCACAGACGAGCCUCUUCACCUGCUGCAGGCUUCAUUACCAGCCCUUCUUGAGGAAUUUGAGGAGGCUAAGGCUACUAAGAAAGGUAAAGGAAGCAAAAAAUCAAAAAAGAAUGAGGAGAAGAAAACAAAGGCUAAAGGCAUCAGUAAGGAGAAGAAGACACAAGUCAGUAAGAAGAAAGAGGAAGAGGAAGACAUCACACAGGAAGAGGAAGAAGAAAACACAGACGAAGACCUUUCACUCAUCAUAGAUCGCCUUGUCAGUAUUGACUUGACAGGAAGGAAUAAGAACAGUAAGUGUAAGUCAGUCCCAGUUUCAGACAACAGAGACAAGAGUUACAAAGACACUUUUUCUAAGAUGGGGACCUUGAAGGAAUUUACUUUGACUGUAGAUCAAGAAGGAAAGCAUGUAAAUAACGUGGAUGAAGAUAAGAAAUGUGCAGAUGAGAUGGAACAUGGCAAGAGAAAGCAGACACUUGUGAAAGGUAGAUGGCACCUUGAUGCUUCGACAGACAGCAGUGAUGAAAACGACAAAGAGAACCAGCCACUGAGUCUGAUGGAUCGCAUAUCGAGGAGAAUUGGCAAGAAGGAUAUCAGAACAAAAUUAAAAGCAUGCAAAGGACCAUUUGGAGCACUUCAUAGAAAAAACAGCAACACUGAAACAGAUAGUGACAGUGAGAAGGAAAGUGAGGAAAGAACAGAAAAAUGUAGAGAUACUGUUAGUGCAGAUUUUACAAAGAGUAUUGGCAGUUCUGAAGUAAAAUCUGUAUUGUGUAAUUUGACUAGUAAUUAUCAAAGUGAAAUUCCAAGUGAUAAUAUAGACUUCAAGGAUAAAAUCCCAGAGGAUAGUUUGAAUUUUGACAAGGAAGUGUUAGAGUAUAUUCAGAACUUUGAGGAUGAAAUACCUGAAAAUUGUUUUGACUUUGAUGAUAAAGGUACACAAAAUAGUUUAAACUUUGAAGAUAAACUUCCAAGUAAUAGUGGUAAAUUUAAUGAGAAAGUUCAGGAGGAUAGCUUAGACUAUGAAGCACCAAUGGAUAAUGAAGACUUUGAUGGUACAGUUCCAGAAGAUUUUAAAUUAGAUUAUUCUGAAAAUAUAACUGCCGAUUGCCUUGUGCUUGAUAAAAUUCCUGAAAAUGUGCAAGGCAUCAAGGAAAGUAAAGCCAGUGAAAUAAACCAUGAAUCACAAGUGACAAAUCAAUUAGCACAAGAAAACAAGAAGGAAAAUGAUGAGUCACAAAGGUGUUUGAUGACAAUGCCAAAAGAGGAGCCACAUUUUACACUUGUUGACUUUAGCCUCGUAUCAGAAACUUCUGCAUGUAAGAAUCAGAUUUCCAGAGAUAUGUUUGAUGAUACAGGUGAAGUUCAGGGAAUAUCUCAUUCAACACUACCAGAUCUCAAUUCUACUCCUGUCUUGGUAAAUAGUAAAGGAAUUCUACGAGGGCAAGGUGAUAGUAAGGCUCAAGAUGAGUCUGCAUCCUGUAGUUUACCAGGACGCAAGCCAUUAGAGAAUGUUUAUACCCCAAGUCCAACCACCUGGAAAACUCCUGCAGGGAAAUCUGAAGGAUCUUUUGAUUGUACAGUGUCUCCUUUGGAACCCUUGUCAGCAAAGUCUCUUCAUCGUUUGCAAGAUUCUCACAGUAAAGAACGGAGGUUUAUUCACUUGCCUCGCACUGGUUGCAACUCGACUCCCUUAGUCAACACUCCAAAGGGUAGAAGUAAAGAUGGCUCCUAUGGGCUGUGCUUCAAACUCCUUGACACUUUCAGCUGUUCAGACACUGGUGAGUCAUUCAGUCAAAGUGCAGUUGAAGAAAUUGCUGCCUACUCUGAGGUUAGCAAAGUGAUGGAAAAUUCUCCAAAUCUGCUACAAGACAGUCUCAGAGAUAUCAGUCAGACAGAGAGUUUGAUUACUGCAAAAAAAUGUAUGAAUGAUAUAUCUAUCCUUAAUGAAGAAGACCAUGACAAACCAUUUGCUCAAAGGAUGGACAAAAAUCCCUAUUAUGAUGAUAAAACAGAUGGAAUAACAUCACAUGGAGAUUCUAAAAAAGAAAAGGAAAACCAACAGUUAGAGACCACAAAAGGUUGUGAAAGUGAAAAGCAAUUAAAUAAAGGAAAAGUAAGCCAUCAAUUACAGGUUAAGAAGGAACUUGCUGAUACCACAUUUUCACCUGUAAUCACUGGCUUAUCAUUAGCAGAGAGGAUAAAAAUGAAGUGUAGAGAUAGAGCAAUCAGUAAGCUUAUUGAUGACCUGUGAUAUGUCCCUUUUAAUAGUUAUAAAUGACAAGCAUGUCAAUUUGUCUUGCUUGGACUGUGAUUUUAGAAUACAUUCAACAUAAAUGAAACUUUUUUAAUGCAUUAUAUGAAUUAUACUGUAUUUCAGUUUUAUAUAAGUCAUGUGGUUUAUUAGUUUGCUGUAAAUUGUAAUGUAAAUCUAUUUAUAAUUAUAUCCACUGUCUAUGGAUACUGGCAUGGAACGAUUUGAUUAUGAUAAUGUAGAGAUCUCAUUAGCAAUAAAGAAAUAUUUUUGAA